AUACACUUUACGCACUUUACACGCAUUGCCCUCCCUCCCAAUAAUAAAACCCACACUAUACACAAUGUCCCCAGCACCCACGCAGGUUGCGGCUGGCAACAAGGAGGUCAUCAGUGGCUUGCUCCGUCGCUUCCGGCUCGAAGAAGUUUUAAACGAGGAUACUAAUUCAAAGACAAUCUGGCUUCUGGGAGCCAUCGCUGGACCCGACAAACUGGCCAAUGCUGGCUCGAUUCCAGGCGAGACUGCGGCUGUUGUUACUCUUGAGCGGCUGGCGUUUUCGUCUCAAGAUAUUCGCAGCACCGACCCCAUGCUGCUGAGCUCUGCAGUUCUGAACUCAGGCGAGCACAACGACAUUUAUUCGUGGGCGACUGGUACCCUGCACAGUAGCAUAUUUAAACCCGACACCCGCGUGGCAAUAAUAUACCCGGCCACACAAAAGCACAUUGACAAGUACCGUCGCCAGCAGUGCAAAUGGGUUAGCGAGACGCCUGAGAAGUACGCGACUAUCACCAGGCCAUUUAUCGACGCGCAACCUGCCUCUCGCCUUCAGUGGGUGUACAACAUUCUCUCCAAGCAAGUCGAGUCUGAACGCAUCGUGUUUGAGGACGCUGAUCCCGAGAACGGCUUUAUCAUUCUCCCAGACUUGAAGUGGGACGCAACAAAUCCCGACAACAUGUACCUGGUUGCAAUUGUCCACCGCCGCGACAUAAAAUCGCUGCGCGACCUGACCGCCAAACAUUUGCCUCUUCUUAAAAACAUCCGCGACAACUCGAUCGUGGCUGCACAGGCGUACGGUGUUUCGGCCGAGCAGCUCAGGCUGUAUAUUCACUAUCAGCCGUCAUACUACCACUUCCAUGUGCACAUAACGAAUGUCAACUUUGAAGGCAAGGGGAUGCUGGCCGGCAGAGCGCACUUGCUGGACACUGUGGUCGAUAAUAUUGAAUGCAUCGCACCCGACUACUACCAAAGGGCAUCGAUCCCCUUUACGCUCGGAUCUGGUGAUAUCUUGUGGAAGCACUGGCACGCACAAUCGCAAUCGCUGCCCUUGUCGGAAUAACUGGACCAGACACAAACAUAUUUUUAUUACCUUUAGAAUCUUUAUUAGUAACAAUUAUAUUAUUUG